UCCUGCGGUCUAUUCCGUCGCCUGCCGUUCUCCAGAUCCCGAUGGCCAGUUAAAUUUGCUAAUAUCGCCUCAUCAACACACCGGUAACGUAGUAUGACGUGACACCCCUACGUUUUUCUAUAUUCUUAUCCAUCGUCGUCUGCCUUUCGUUUGAUCUUUCUCAUUCUUGUAAGGCCAGCCUACAAGCAAUCGUACUCUCCUUUAUCACAUUUGCUCGUUUUCAGGCCAUAUUCGAAAUGCGGGCCUCAAGUCCUCGGGUUAUCAAGUUUACCAACGGCUACCUACUCAAGGAUGGCCAAUUGGUCCCAGGAGAUCUCUGGGUGUCGUCACAGAGUGGACGUAUCAUGAGUCCACAGACAGCGUUUUACUCAUCUCGGUUAACGGCAGACAAGAUAGUCGACCUGCAAGGAAAGAUCCUCGCCCCUGGCUUUAUUGAUGUCCAGAUCAACGGUUCUCACAAUUUCGACUUUUCCACGCCAGACCCAGACUUCGCCGCUGGAUUCAGUCGUACCCGCAAGCAAAUCAUCAAAAGUGGACUCACCUCUUUCGUUCCCACUGUCAUCAGCACACGGCCAGAAGCUUAUGAUGCUGUCCUCCCACAUCUUGGUCCUUCUGGGAAAACCCGAGAUGCCAGCGAAGGCUCCGAGAGCCUGGGCGCACAUAUCGAAGGUCCAUUCCUGUCACCUCUACGCAACGGCAUUCACAACUCGGAAGUCCUGCGGGAAGCACAUUCAUGGGCCGACAUCGAAAAUUGCUACGGCUCUUCAAACCUUCAGAAUGUUCGAUAUGUGACAGCGGCUCCAGAAUGCGGCGAAAUGAUGUCCUUGAUUCCUGAAUUCGUUUCUCGGGGGAUAGUAUUCUCUGUUGGUCAUUCCGAUGCCACUUUUGAACAAGCACAGAAUGCGGUUGCUGCAGGAGCUUCAAUGCUCACCCACCUGUUCAACGCCAUGAGGCCAUUUGGGCACCGAGAUCCCGGCAUCUUCGGCCUACUAGGACAAUCAACACCUUCGACGCCUGUUGCAUCCCCGAGACACAGCCAGCCUGCAAGUACAUCGAGUUCACCUCAGGGUUCUCCAAGGUCAUCAAGACGAUCGACACCUCGGUCCAGCCUCAGCAUCAGCACAUCCAUGGCAGACUUAGAUGCUGAAGUACGAUACAGACAACCAUUCUUUGGCUUGAUAGCGGAUGGAAUUCAUCUAUCAGCUCAAGCAUUGAAGAUUGCAUACUCGGCACAUCCUGAUGGCGCAAUCAUCGUUACCGAUGCUCAAAAGUUUGCUGGCUGUCCUGACGGGGCUUAUGAGUGGCGUGGAGAAGACCGAUUCAUCAAAGAAGGAAAAUUGCUUAAACUAGAAAGCAACGGACGCAUUGCUGGAAGUGUUGUUGACCUGAUUGACUGUGUCAAUAACUUUAAACGAUUUACCGGAUGCGGCACAGCAAAAGCCUUGGAAUGUGUGACGAGCACUCCUGCAAAGAUGCUAGGGAAGGACGUCGAAGCAUCUAAAGGGAAGCUUGAGACGGGCAUGGACGCCGAUUUGGUCGUGCUGGACGAAGGAUUGGACGGAGAUUUGACUGUACAGCAAGUUUGGAAGUUUGGAGUUCAGGUUGUUUGACGUGAUGGUUGAACGGCGUUGGGAAAGACACUUUUUUUAAGCUUGGCGUUACAGGAAUCGAUCACGUCUGUGAUGAAACAUUGGCAUAGUUUGGAGGGUUUCUAUCGAGUUGGUGUCCAUGAAAAUUAAGGCCACGCGGCUGAACGAUGGCCCCGGAGAUCAGGGGUACCACUACCAGGUACCUUGCUGUGAUAUGGUUAGAAUUUACAACUAACCAGGAUGAUUGACGACUAUGAUGUAUGACGUUUACUGUAUAUGAUAGAUUGUAUAACGAUGUACAUUUGGCCUUCA